GCAGAUGCCGCCGUUGCUGAUGGAUCUGUGAGAGGAAGCAUUGCCCCAAGUGCAGAUCGAGAUCUUCUCUCCCCGAGGAAAAAAAAGAACCCGGGAAAAAUGGCUGCUGAGAAGACCAGCUCCAGAGGCCAAGCAUGGUUCUGCACCACUGGGUUGCCCAGCGACAUUGUGGUCGAGGUGGACGACAUGACGUUCCACCUGCACAAGUUCCCGCUGAUGUCGAAAAGCAGAAAGCUCCACCAGCUGAUCACGGAGCAAGAGGCGAACCCCGCCGCCGCGACCCAGGCCUUGGGACGCCGCGACGAGGAAGGCGACGGCGGCGGCGGCGGCGGCGGCGGCGGCGAGGGCGAGGGCGAUGGGGACGAGAUAGAGGAAGUGCAGCAGUGCCACAUAGCGCUCCAGGACUUCCCCGGCGGAUCCGAGACCUUCGAGAUGGCGGCCAAGUUCUGCUACGGCGUCAAGAUCGACCUCUCCGCCCUCAACGCCGCGCCCCUCCGCUGCGCCGGCGAGUUCCUCGACAUGACCGAGGACUACUCCGAGGACAACCUCAUCUCCAAGACGGAGAGGUUCCUGUCUCAGUCGGUGCUCAAGAGCCUGAAGGACUCGAUCCGGGCCUUGAGGUCGUGCGACCGGGUGGCGGCGCCGCUGGCGGAGUCGCUGGAGAUUCCCCAGCGAUGCGUGGAGGCCAUAGUCGCCAAAGCUUCCGCCGCCGAUCCGUCGCUGUUCGGCUGGCCCGUCGGCGACGGAGCCAAUCUGGGCCGCGGUCUGGCGAGCCAGGUGCUGUGGAACGGGAUCGAGACGAACAACCGGAGGAAGAGGGAGGCGAGAGGGAACAAUGCGGACUCGUGGCUCGAGGAUUUGGCGCUGCUGAGCUUGCCUCUGUUCAAGCGCCUGAUCUCCGCCAUGAAAGAGGCCGAUUUGAGCUCUGAAUUCGUCGAGACCUGCUUGAUGCACUACGCGAAGCGGUACAUCCCGGGCGUCUCGCGAUCCAGCAGGAAGCCGGCAUUGCCGCCGUCGUCCUCCUCUGCUUCUUCAGCACCUUCGGAGAGCGAACAGAGAGAGCUCCUGGAGACGAUCAUCGCGAGCCUACCGCCGGAGAAGACGGCCUCGCGGUCUUCGGGGCCGACGACGACGACCACCAGAUUUCUGUUCGGCCUCCUCCGGACGGCGAUCAUCCUGAACGCGUCGGAGGAUUGCCGGGCGUCGCUCGAGAGGAAGGUCGGGUUGCAGCUGGAGGAGGCGACGCUCGACGACCUCCUGAUCCCGAGCUAUUCCUACCUGGUAGAGACUCUCUACGACGUGGACUGUGUCGAGAGGAUCCUCGGCCACUUCCUGGACGCCGCCGGAGCCGACGGCCGCCUCGAGAGGUCGCCGGUGCUGAUGCUGGUCGGGAAGCUGAUCGACGGUUACCUCUCGGAGAUCGCCUCCGAUGCGAACCUGAAGCCGGAGAAGUUCUACGGCUUCGCGAUCUCGCUCCCCGAGCGGGCCAGGCUCUACGACGACGGCCUUUACCGCGCCGUCGACGUCUAUCUCAAGGCGCAUCCAUGGAUAUCGGAGCCGGAGCGAGAGAAGAUCUGCGGGCUGAUGGAUUGCCAGAAGCUAACGCUCGAGGCGUGCACGCACGCCGCGCAGAACGAGCGGCUGCCGCUGCGCGUGGUGGUGCAGGUGUUGUUCUUCGAACAGCUCCAGCUCCGCCACGCGAUCGCCGGGACGCUGCUCGCGGCGGAGACGGGGGCGGCGCUGGAGCCGGGCCGGCAGUCGGAAUCGAGACGUGGCGACGACGAUGACGACGACGACGACGAUGGAGACGAAGAAGAGGAUGCGGAGGUGGUGGAGCAGGAGCCGGCAGGAGAGAUGGCGGUGGCGGUGGCGGUAGCGGCGGGCCAGGGGAGCGUGAGCGCGACGUGGAGGUCGGCGGUGAGGGAGAACCAGGUGCUGAGGCUGGACAUGGACAGCAUGCGGACGAGGGUCCACCAGCUGGAGAGGGAGUGCUCGACGAUGAAGAAGGCGAUCGAGAAGAUCGACAAGGACGGCAGCGACGACGGCGGCGGCGGCGUUGGUCGCGCCAACGGAGGGUGGAGAGGGUCGUUGACGAGAAAGUUCGGGUGCAAGUUCAAGACCCAGGUGUGCGACUCACAUGAGCCGACGGUGGUUGAUACGAGGAAGGGGAGGCACCGGCAUCGCCAUUGACGGACCUCCUCCGUGCCGGGGUCGUAACCUCCCCCGAACGCCGCCAUCGUAAUAGUCCGACCCGUCAUCAUGUAUGUUGCAUCUUUAGGGCACGGAGAAAUUGUUACGCGCGCGCAUCAAAGUUCAUGUGAGCAUUAAAAUCCGAUUUGGUACGGUGGAAAUUGUAUCUCAAUUCGUUCUUUCAGAA